UGUACUCGACGGUCUCUCGUUGCGUCACGCCCGUUAAUCCAUCCGGUCCCGUAAUUCUUAGUGUCUAUUGUUUAGAUAAUAAGAGCCUUCGUGCCCGUCGUACGCGAAGGACUACUCACUACCUCGCUCCAUAUUUUUGUACCUGGAAGCCGAGUUCACUGUCACCGUCACGGUUUCGAGUAAAUUUGCCGGACUAGGUGAAAAGAGUUGGAAUUGUUGGAUCGAAAGCAGCACGUGGCUGUCGACACCCAUCACGUGAUCCCGCGUUUGCACCUUCCUGCUCGACCUUAAAGACGUCGGCACGGAACGAACCUCUCUUCGACACCCCUCUUCUCCAUCUUUGACUGGAACCACUCGUUCAAUUCCAGCUGAGACCGCCACCAUCGUUAGGAUCUUUGAUCCGCUAUUCAUUCCAUCCGGCGGCUCGAUCUGACAUCGUUCGUCAACCAACGUCAUGCAGACCUUCGCUCUUCUCGCCCUGGCGGGCCUCACCUCGCUCGUUCAGUCAACACCAGUGGCUCCUGCCCAACCACGCUCGCUUCCCCAGGCUCAACCGCACAUCCACACUCGACAAGCUGACAACUCGUCGAGUCCCGCAUGUGCACAGGUCUCACAGGCUUUGUACGGAAGUGGUACAACAGUUAUCAGCCAGCUUGUGCCUGCUGGCAUGGCAUGGGAUUGCAUCAACAGCGUCCCUCUCAAUGCCACUUCCGCUAAGCUCCUCAUCGAGUCCCUGAAGCCAUACAUUGUUAUGCAGAGCACGCUCACCGUCCUGAAGGACCCACCUGCAGAGUAUGUUGAGAAGGUGCAGCCUGCAGUCGACAUCAUGGGCGGUCUCGAUAAGAUCGUCAGCGAUGUCGACUCUGGCAAGUUCGCCAAUGAGUACGCGUUCGGGUGGGCACUCUACACCUUGAUCCAGAGUGCGCAUGAUGGCCACUUCACCUACGUACCAGAGUCGGUUGGUGGUAUUUUCACAUGGGGUCGCAACGUACCACUUGUUUCUGUAUCCGAGGACGGUGAGCAACUGCCUGCAGUCUUCGCAUUCGAGGACGUUCUCGGUCUCCAGUACAAGAAUAUAUCUUACACCCCGUCGGCUGUUGUUAAGAUCGAUGGCAUGGAGACAGCAGAGUUCUUGGAGAACCUGAGCCAGUUUGGAUCGCUUCAGGACCGUGAUGCAUUAUACAACAACGUCUUCUACGAACUUGCACAGGUGGGCCUGGGUGAGUCUGGCAGCGGAACUGGUAUGUUCACAGGUGGUGGCCGUGGUCGAUAUGUUUUCCCGGGAGCAACAACUGCGUUUACCUUUGCCAACGGUACCGAGCGCACUAUUGCGAACUUUGCGCGUGUGAGGUACAAUUUCCGCCGCAUCAACACCGGAGAAGACCUCGCAAAGGAGUGGUUCAACUACGGCAGUGCCGUAUCCGCUCAGGUCGCCUCGCAAGAACCCGAGGCUGUUUCGACGACCGCUUCUGGUGCUACAGGACCCGGGUACCCCGAUCCCGCGACCAUCGGUCCUCUUAACCUCAUCAAUGGUUUCUACAUCGACGCCCCAGGAUACGAGGAUGUCGCAGUGCUAUCUGUCCCCAACUUCGUUGGUACCUCUGUCGCUCAAGUUGCUUUCCAGAAGACCUCGCAGGAGUUCAUUCCGAAGGCGCUCGCCGAUGGCAAGACCAAGCUCAUCCUCGAUCUUCAAGCCAACGGAGGUGGAACUAUCCUGCAAGGAUACGACUUGUUCAAGCAGUUGUUCCCCGAUCUUGACCCUUACGGCGCCAACCGCUACCGCGCCACCGAAGCGGCAGAUUUGAUCGGCCAGUCGUACAGCAAGCGCGCCUCCCUGGCUCCCCGCGGAUCGAACAGCUCUCUUAUGUCGGCGCAGUCUUCUUACUUCGAUUACCACCAGGAUAUGACUGUCGAUGGAGAGCCGUUCACCUCAUGGGCUGAGAAAUUCGGACCAAAUGAGGUCAACGGAGACCAGUACACCACCCUCUCACGUUGGAACCUCUCCGAUGUCUACACCAGCGCCAGCUCUGGGGGUAUCAACAUCACCGGAUACGGGCCUCUUGCUAACAUCACGGGACCCCCCAGGUUCAAGCCGGAGAACAUUGUCAUCGUCACGGAUGGAUACUGUGCCUCAACCUGCACCAUUUUCACCGAGUUCCUGACCAAGCAGGCGGGUGUCAAGACAAUCGCUAUGGGAGGUCGCAGCAACAAGGAUGCGAUUCAGGCUAUUGGUGGUGUCAAGGGUGUAAACAACUACCAGUUUGGGUACAUUCAGCAGGCUGCACUGAGCGCUAUCCGAUGGAACCCUGCAGUCAAUGACUCAAUCCUCGUCGAGUACCAGAACGAUCUGCCAUUCUACCGAGCAGCUGGUGGCGUAUCACCUGGUGUCAACGUGCGCGAUGGCCUGCCUCUGAACGAUACUGCAGGUAUCGCCCUGCAGUUCGUAUACGAGGAAGCCGACUGCCGUCUCUUUUACACUCCUGAGAUGACCGUCGACAUGACAGCAAUCUGGACAGCAGCUGCUGACGCUCGGUGGGGUCAGGGUGGCAAGUGCGUGGCUGGCGGGAACUACGGUCAGAAGCGCAGUAGCUUCGAAGCCACCACUGAGCUCAAGCCUCGCCGUGUGCACGUCUCUCAGGCCGUUGCUGUUAAGAAGGUGCAGACCUUCGAGAACACUUUUGGUCUGAAGACCAACUGCCACAUGAAGGGAGACGGCUUCAUGCACCCAUAAUUGUUUGAAGCAGGACUGGCCGGUUCGCUUACAUGGGCGGCGUUUAUUGAAAGCUUGCAACAAAUGCAGGCGAAUAAUCAGAGAUAUUGAC